AUGCAAAACCAUUUUUUCCCAAAUCUGAAAAGGGAUAACAUGGCUGAGACUCCUAAUAACAAAUGCGUGAUCGUUGGAGACGGAGCAGUUGGAAAAACUUGUCUGCUCAUUUCAUAUUCAACGGAUCAGUUUCCAACCGAUUAUAUUCCAACAAUUUUUGACAAUUACCGUGUGGAACUCUACGUUGGUAACAAAACCACCAGUCUCGAACUCUGGGACACCUCCGGUCAAGAGGGUUAUGACCAGCUCCGACCACUUUCCUACUCUGGUACUGACAUUUUUCUAAUAGCUUUUUCAUGUGUGGAUCGCAUCUCGUUUGAAAAUGUACGAAAGUGGUAUAAGGAACUGACGACCUACUGGACGGACGAAACACGAGAUGUACCUAUAAUUCUUGUAGCAACGAAAAAAGACUUGCUGACCGACGAAGAAAUCAUGAAGAAAACAGCAGUCGACAGUAAAUGUGUUGUUUCUUUAGAUGAGAUGGAGCAAAUGGCGAAGGAAAUACACGCUGCGAAUGUUAUUCAGUGUAGUGCGAAGACGCUGGAAAAUGUUAAGGCAGUUUUUGAUAUAGCUGUGAAUUCAAAUCGCUAGUUUGUUCUUGAGCAACGUGCUGAAGACACUCUUUCAAGAGGUUGCUGUACUGUUAUGU